AAGCAACAUAAUAAAUGCCAAUGGACAUAGUGGCUUGCAUUUCUCCCACAGCCGUCUAACUCUAUUCUUUCUUUGUCUUAAUCUCUAAUUUUGUCACUUAAUUUUGUGACUUAAUAUACAGAUUAAGACUCUGUCAAUGGAAUUAUAUGAAACAAUAUGUAACAAUCAAAGAAGAAACUUUUUUUAUAAAAAUAAAUAAAAAAUAAAAGAUAUUGCUGUCUUGUAAUCCUGGUUGUCUCCUAACUAAUGUGAAUAGUCUUUCAUCUCUAUAACUCCUUCCCAAUUCUCUUUCCUUCCUUCAUUUUUGGCUUUCCAAGCAAUUUUGUUUACAGGAUUUUUUUUGCAUUAUGAGUGUACAAGCAAUGGCUAUGACUGAUACCAUGUCUGCACCUCUUGCACAACCCCUUAAACCAGGGCUUGAGAAAGUUGAACUUGAGAACAUUGAUGAUGAUAAGAAAACAAAGAUGGGUUCCUUCAAGAAGGCGGCUUUUAGCGUCUCGAGCAGGUUUAGGAAUUCGCUAACGAAGAGAGGCAGAAGAAACAGCCGAGUCAUGUCUGUCGCUUUUGAAGAUGAACAUGAUGCAGAGGAAAUGCAGGCUGUAGAUGCAUUUCGUCAGGCUCUCAUCUUAGAUGAAUUACUGCCUUCUAAGCAUGAUGAUUAUCACAUGCUUCUUAGAUUUUUGAAGGCUAGGAAGUUUGAUAUUGAGAAAUCCAAGCAAAUGUGGUUUGACAUGCUUCAAUGGAGGAAGGAGUUUGGUGCUGACUCAAUCAUGGAGGAUUUCGAGUUCAAGGAAGUUGAAGAAGUUAAAAAAUACUAUCCACAAGGACACCAUGGUGUUGACAAGGAAGGAAAACCUGUGUACAUUGAAAAGUUGGGUCAGGUUGAUCCAAACAAGCUGAUGCAAGUUACCUCGAUGGAUCGAUACGUUAAGUAUCAUGUUCAAGAGUUCGAGAGAACGUUUAUCGACAAGUUUCCGGCUUGUUCCAUUGCUGCUAAGAGACACAUUGAUCAAAGCACCACUAUUUUGGAUGUUCAAGGAGUGGGACUAAAGAACUUUAACAAGGCAGCAAGGGAACUUAUCCAGCGCCUUCAGAAAAUAGAUGGUGACAACUACCCUGAGACCUUGUGUAGGAUGUACAUCAUCAAUGCAGGAUCUGGCUUCAGGCUAUUGUGGAGCACUGUUAAGUCUUUCCUUGAUCCCAAGACCACUCAGAAAAUUCAUGUCUUGGGCAACAAGUACCAAAACAAGCUGCUUGAGAUCAUUGAUGCAAGUGAAUUACCAGAGUUUUUGGGUGGUACCUGCACUUGUGCUGAUAAAGGUGGCUGCAUGAAUUCUGACAAAGGACCAUGGAAUGAUCCUGAGAUAAUGAAGAUGGUUCGUAAUGGCGAGGCCAAAUGUGCCACAAGGGGUCCCUUCCCUGUAAUUGAUGAGAAAACCAUAGGUGAAGAUGAGAUGGCAAAACCGAAGGCGUUCGAGCCCGAGGAUUAUCAAUUUUAUGCUGUCAAAGAAUACAAAGAUGUACCAAGUACCUUCCAGUAUGACAACUUCAUCCCUAUGGUAGAUAAGGACAUGGAUAAAAUGUGGAUCAAACCUGUUCAAAAUAAUACAGAUUUGUCCAAAGGGUGUUUCCCAUUAAAAAACAGUUUCAAGGGUUCUAAUCAGAAACUCAACAACCCUCUUAUGACCGGUCUCAUGUCCGUUGUGAUGGGUAUUGUAACGAUGAUCAGAUUGACUCGAAACGUGCCCAAGAAACUCACUGAUGCAACCUUAUAUUCCACCCCAUCUUAUUGUGAUGACUCCUCCGCCAACUCGCACAAAUUGCCAGAACAUGUGAUCUCCGAGGAAGAGUAUUUUUCGAUGAUGAAGCGCAUGGGAGAAUUGGAAGGAAAGGUGAUUGCUCUUAGCGCAAAACCAGCAACCAUGCCCCCCGAGAAAGAGGAAAUGCUCAACGAUGCACUGAACCGCGUAGAUGUGCUUGAGCAACAACUCUCUUCAACCAAGAAGCUUCUCGAAGAGGCAAUGCAAAGACAGGAGGAGCUUCUAGCAUUCAUCGAAAAGAAGAAGAAAAAGAAGAAGAUGUUCCUGUUUUAAGUGCAGAUCAUUUCAUCCGGUCAGAGAUAGUAGGCGACUAGGCGUGAGAUGUCUGUGUACUGCUUGCUGUAAUGUAAGGCGGAAAAGUCUCUAACAUGGUGGCGGUUGUGAGUUUUAGCCCUCGCUAUCCCCCCCUCGAGGCCACAAAGAUUGUUAAUCUGUAUAUUACUACUACUACCACCACCGCAUUUUUUUUUUUUUUUUUUUUUUGUGUCAUUCUUCUAAUUGUAUUGCGAAAACUAUGUAAAUCCUAUGAACAAAACUGAAACCUCAGUCUACCAUUGAUGUCAGUGAGAGUAUGCACCAUUGUGUUUUGUGACAAAAAUUGAAUGAGAUGACCUGUGAACUGUGAAGCUUCUCCUA